AUGGGUUGCGGUGCCUCUGCCCAGAAGACCGAUGCCGCGGCCACCACAGCUGCUGAGGAGAAGAAGGGUGAGGCCCCCAGCGUGGUUGUGACGCCGGCGCAGGAGAGCAAGGCCACCGGGGAGGCCAAGGCCACCGAGGAACCCAAGAGUGAAGGCAACGCCGAGAACGAGGGGAAGAAGGAAGAGGACACAAAGACCGUGGAAGGAGCCACCGAGGCCACACCCACCACGGAAGCCCCAGCCGAAUCCCCGGCAGCUCCGGAAGAGGCCAAGCCCGCCGAAGCUGUCGAAGAGGCAAAGACGGUCCCAGAGGAGACGCCUGCAGCCACGGGCGAAACCCCGGUUGAGGUGGCCGCCGAAGCCCCGGCUGCCGAGACUCCGGCGGCCGAGGCGCCAGCAGAGGCGCCAGCAGAGGCGCCAGCAGCCGAGGCGCCAGCAGCGGAGGCAGCCCCAGAGGCACCAGCAGCCGAGGCGCCCGCAGGUGAGGAGGCCCCUCCUGCUGAGCCUGCUGCAGAGGCUGCCUGA